AUGUACCGAGUCGCGAAAGCGUCGGAGUACCUGGCGAUCACCGGCGUCGGGAUCAAGGACAUCAAGCUCGCCAAGAAGUCAUGGAUCUUCCCCGGCCAAUCCUGCACCAAGUUCGACAUCUCCCCGGUCAACUACACCUUCGAGGUCCAGGCCAUGUCCGCCGAGAAGCUCCCCUUCAUCCUCCCCGCCGUCUUCACGAUCGGCCCACGCUACGAAGACGACGACGACCUGCUCUAG